UUUCCACGUGGUCUCCUUUGGAAGUUCUCGUGCUAAUCCGAACUGGGCAAGGACUUCUCACAUACAUGCUACCCUGACUAACCAGCAUGCCAUAAAGCCAAGUCAAUAUGAACAAUGUGAGGGUGAGAACCAGCCAAGCUGAUGUUAACCUUCGGAGGCCAAAUUAAACAAAGCAAAUCUAGUCCAUCAAUUAUACGCACAUCAUCCUUAGAAUGGCAGAAAGACAGCAUCGCAUUGCUUUCAUCGGGCUGGGAGCCAUGGGAUUUGGCAUGGCCACCAAUCUCACGAGAAGAGGGUACAAUGUCACGGGGUUUGACGCUUGGGGUCCAACUCGAGAGCGAUUCCUGGCGGAGGGUGGCCGCAUUGUGGACUCCCCCGCUGAAGCGGUGAAAGACAAAGACUUCGUUAUCAGUUGUGUGGCUACCAACCAGCAAACGCAGGCUGUGUUCUUUGAUGGCGAGGGGUGCGCUGCUCCCGCACUAUCUCGAGGUGCAACACUACUGAUCGCAUCCACUGUUUCGAGCUCUUACAUUCAGAGUUUCGCCAGCCAGCUCACGGAUGCAGGCCGCCAUGAUAUCUUCCUUGUCGACUGUCCAAUUUCUGGUGGAGCCCAGCGUGCGGCUGACGGAACCCUUUCUAUCAUGGCAAGCGGCGCGGAUGCAGCAGUUGAAAAGGCGACAUUUCUCAUGUCUGAGAUGGCAGCUAAGAAGAAGCUAUACAUCGUGAAAGGUAGCAUUGGAGCGGGUAGCAAUAUGAAGAUGGUUCAUCAAGUACUGGCGGCCAUCCAUAUAUUAGCCGCAAGUGAGGCGAUGGGAUUCGCAUUCCACUUAGGCCUCGACCCGGUCAAGACAAGAGAGGCAAUACUUGGCUCUCGUGGCUCGUCUUUUAUGUUCGAUCACCGCACCCCUAGGAUGUUUACCAACUUUCGCCCGGUCGCCAGUGCCUUGACUAUCAUCCUGAAAGAUGCAAACAUAAUUACAUCCGAGGCAAGGCGCAACGACUUCCCGACGCCCAUGUCCAGCAUAGCCGAGCAGGUAUUCUUGGACGCGUUUGGACGAGGGUUUGGCGCAGACGAUGACAGUGGGCUUGUGCGGCUUUACACAGGAGGUGUGUAUCCGACAAGCAAGAAUCCUGCCAUUGACACCAGUAUCAAGUCUCAAGAGGAGCGGCUUGCCAUGGUAAUCGCUUUGCUGGAAGGCAUACAUCUAUGCGCGGCAGCUGAAGCACUGGCUUUUGCAGCUCAGCUCGGGCUGGACUUAGCCCAAGUGUAUGAGCUCUGUUCGGACGCCGCUGGAGGUAGCCGUUUGCUGGAUCUGGUCGGUCGGGGGAUGCUACAGACACUAUCUGUAGGUGACACUGUAGAGCAGGGUGGCAGCCUACGUACUCUUGCCAAUGACUUGCGAGCUGCAGUGGAGGAGGCAGGAAGGGUCAAGGCUCCCGUGUUUCUAGGUUCACAGGCUAACAACAUGGUCUCGAUUACAGCGCGGCAUCAAUCCUUGCAUAACGGAGACUCCCUCGGCAAGGUCAUCAGGUUGUGGUAUCCUAAUGCAAAACAUGAACGACCCUAG